AUGCCUGAUACAACGCCUGAUGUCAGUCACCUGGAUCAAAUCUCCUUAAUAAUUCGCCACGUUGAUGAACAGUUCCAGAUUUACGAACGACUCUUGAAGAUUUCGGAAAUUAACGAUAAAACAGGUGAUGGUUUUGCUGCAAAAGUCAUCAGCAUGUUGAAAGAUUUACAGCUUUCUACUGCAGGAAUACAAUUUCAGUGCUACGAUACGACCGCUUCGAUGUCUGGUGCUUAUAACGGAGCUCAAGCUAAGUUGAGUGAGCGUUUAGGGUGGACAAUUCCCUAUAUUACGUGUCUUGGUCACAAGACAAAUCUUUGCGUUGAACAUUCCUGUAAAGCCUUGUUGAUGAUAGAAGAGUUCUUCACUACAUUGCAAGAUUUGUAUAAUUUUCUGACAAGAAGCACCAGUCGGUUCGGUAAGCUUAAAGGAAAUAUUGACGCAUUACAAGAAGGACUCGUCAUGAAGAAUCUCUCCAAAACACGUUGGAUAGGUAGAGCUGAGUCCAUUAGAGCGGUUUGGGUCAGCUACGAAAUUGUAAUUGACACACUCGAUGAGGUAAGAAAUUGUGAAGAUAGUGAUCGUGAUGCUAUAAAAACGGCUUCAAAUCUUUCGGACAGGAUAAAGUCGUUCGAGUUUUAUUUAAGCAUGCUGUUCAUGAAGAACAUAAUGUACAAAACAAAAAUCGUUGACCUCGAGGUUCAAGAAAUUGAUAAAGAUAUCCUUGCCAGCUUAGAUGUUAUGUGCCAAACGCGAGAUGCUAUGAUUCGUAUCUGGGAAGAUGAUCUUGGCCUGGAUGGCAUUGUCACAGCAGCUGUAGAGAAUUGCAACUCAUUUGGCAUUGAUGCCGAGUACGAGUUUUCAAAAAAGCAUGUCCACGACGACCACCCAGACGCAUUGACGAGAACGCAGACAAUGCUAAUGUACCACUAUUCAACCAACAUUACAGACAAGAAAUGUUCAAAGUAG